AUGCCGCGUUUCGCGCAAAUGGUCUGCUUCUUGGCCUCACUCCCUCCGGCCGCACAAUCGAUGAGCUGUUUACCUUCGUCCGCUCUAUUCGCGACCAAGGCUGCACUCUGGGCACCGACGCCUUCUUCCACGUCGUCGAAUCCCUCUUGCCCGAUCGUCUCCAACUCGAGUCCCGUCACCUUCGUGCCAACCACGACCUCUCUCUCGAUCACUACCUCAACGAGAUUUCUGCGACUGCCGCCACCAUGCGCAUCAAGUACCCUCGUGCAGGCCCUGACUCGUCUACCAGUCACCGCUCUGCCAAUUCUCCUUUUUCUUCUCGUCCGAACAAUUCUUCCAAUCGUUCGUCUUCCUCUGGCACUCCCCAUCCUCCGGCCGCUGCUCCGUCCAAGCCUUCGCUCAAUCUCCAGAACGGCCACCUCGCGCCUGAAGAGAAAGAGCGUCGCCGCACCCUCGGACUCUGCAUGUUCUGUGGCGAAAAAGGUCAUUCCGCCACAGACUGUCCCAAGAAAUCCCAGCAACCAAAAACCAACAACAACAACAACAACAACAAAAAGGAACACUCCUCCGUUCUCACCGCCCACGUCAAGUCUUUCGAGGUUUCUGUCGAGGUCAAUGGAAUUUCAGCCAUUGCCCUCAUCGAUACCGGUGCCUCUCGUUCCGUGUCCAGUUCCACCUUUGCUGAAAAGCACAAGCUUCCUCUGGGUCCUCCUGAGGUUAUUCCAUGCCUCUACUCCGUCAACAACACUCCUGUCCCCAUCAAGGGUCUGA